AUGUACGAAGAUUCGUGGUACAGUUUUGUACCAGAAACAAGUUUCAAAAAAGACAAUGUCACUUCCCAGGCAUCACAACAUCGUCGCAAAGAAUCUCUUCUGCAGCAAACUAAUGUAAGUCCUCCUAGUAUGAACACUCCAAUGUUAGGAAUAUAUGAGGAUGAACCUUUAUCGAAAGACCCUCCGAAAGCUACAUUGGCUAGAAGAGCAAAAUCAUAUAGCGAUUUCUAUCAAGUGGCCAUGGCAUAUAUAAACAAGGAAACCGAUGAGGGGAGGACACAUAACGAGCGCGAUAUUGAAGUAGGGGAGCCUAAGACUCUCCUUUUUGAGGAGCGGUACAGUGCGCUUGAGGAUGACAUUGUGGAUGGAAGCCUCGAGGAAUACCAGUAUGUAUCUACCACAAAUGGGGAUUCAAGCAAUGCGCUGACCAUGCGAAGGUUAUAUCUAGACCAAUUAGUGCUAUCCGAAAGUCACCUUGACAAUCUCCUAAAUGAUACCUCAAGUGCGCUAGAUACACUAGCUACUCUUUCCGAAUCUUUCAAACAUGUCGAAGCACAGACUACGGCCUUUCAAGCACAAUGUGAAGAUCUCUUGGAAGAACAAAAACGUAUACGUGAAUUGGCGGAUGAAGUUGGUACGGAUCUGCAAUACUAUGCCUAUCUUGAACCUUUGACUCGACGUUUGAAUGCCCCUGGUGCCGGAAGGCUUAUCAAAAAUGGUGACUUUUUGGAAAUGUUGGAGAAUCUUAAUUCUUGCAUUGAGUUUAUGGAUCAGCAUCCCAACUAUAAAGAUUCGACUGUGUACAAGACUCGCUACACGACACUUUUGGAUAAGGCCCUGAAUCUUGUCCAAGUUGCCUUCUCAAAUGCUCUUCGCGAGGUGUCAGAUGAUGCCUCGAAACAGCUAAAAGCGAAAGAACAUACUGAAACCAAUCAAUACAUUCUUCUCUAUGGCAAGUACGAAUCUGCCAUGGAGAGUCUAGGCCUUCCGACUGAGCGACUUUUGACCACUGGGGAAUUUGCUUUUGGGCGGAGAGGAGAUGUGGACCGAACACCCUAUAUCCAACAGUGGCAUAAUCUCUAUCAACAAUUACUCGAGGCCUACAUAAGAUCCCGUGAUCCUGUCGGACCUCUUGUUCUUAAAAAUCUUCAAAAGUUCGCAACUACUUCGCCUCUCCCUGACAAAGAGUUUGAAUUAUUUGCUAGACGAUGUGUGCAAUAUAUCUUCGACACAUGCCAGAAUGAGUUGAGAUUGGCAACUAAAUUCUUUCAGGAUGGGCCUCUUAUGGCAGAUUAUCCUCCACCCCCCAUUCCGUGGAACAUGGCUAGUGUAUACCUCGAGAGAUUGGAGGAGAGUCGCCUAUAUUAUGUCAAGACACUCCACGGGUUCCUUGCCCCAUAUCUGAGCAAUGGUGACUUGCGUCGAAUUUGCGAUUUGGUCACUUGGCUUGGCGACACUUUUAUCUCAGCAGAGGCACAUGAAGAUGAGACCCGCGAUGGACAGAGAUUGGCGGCACAAGUUUUACUGGGCGCUCAUCUAUGGCCAUUAGCCGAUCAGCUUUUUAUCACAGAAGCAAGAAAACUUGAACACUUCAAAUCAUCUCCAGAGGACCUCAAGAUUAUAUCUCCUAAUGCUCAAAAGCUGUCUAACGAGAAAGCCAUUCCAACUAGUGGCUUGCGAGUUGAUACAGCCCUUAAAGCUCCCGAGGAAGGCGCAUCUGUUGAGGCUGGGGUUUCAAGCGCAUUCCCAACAGUCAAGACGGCAGUUGGUUUACUCGUCUUAUACAACGAAAGCAUGCAUGAGAGAACACUUAAGAAAGGCGAUGUCCUCUACGAAAUCGUGCAUCAGACUACCGAAUCUCUUCAGAGAGCCGCCACGAUCAUAAAGCGAACUUCAAAUAAUUUAAUGGAUGCGCAGCUUUUCCUCAUCAAGAAUCUUAUGCUGAUCGAGAACCUUUUCAUGACUCAUGAGAUCCCCGACUCUAUUCGUCAAUCUGCCGAACUUGAUUUCACUCCUAUUUGGGAGACAAUCAAGGAGCUUCAAUCACGUCAUCAAGUGUUUAAUCCUCUUGCAUAUAUCAGACCAAUCAUCAAAGGUCAAUUACUUCCGGCAGUGGUUGAUAAAGUAUUAGAUGCAAGAAAGGAAUUAGAAAAGGUUUUGGUGCAACAAAUUACGGCAUUUACAAAGCACUGGCAAUCGCGAUUGUCAGACAAAGAUCCGAAGAAGAGAAAUGAUGUCGUGAAGGCUACGCGAGAAUUAGAUGCAUUGUUGGAGAGAGUCUUCGACGAGGAUACGACGAGAGCGGCGUUGUUGAGAAUGAUUGGCGGUGGUGAGGAGUAUUAG